UAUAAGAUACGGGUUUAUGAAAUUUGCUAACUUUGCAGGCGUCACAGCUGAGUCACAUCAAAUAACACUGAAAUUUGAAGCCGGUUUAACAGAAUCUGAAGUAUGAGGCAGCAAAUAAACACUGUCAAUGAUGUGCGACCCUGCACGGUGUCCGAGGAUCGACAGCAGCGAUGUUCGACUGGUUUGGGCUGCGGACAAGAUGGCCGAGAACUGUCAACUGUGGUGCAGCCAAAUUCCCCUGCAGAGAAGGCUGGCCUGCAGCCCUUCUUCGACUUCAUCCUGUCUCUUGACGCCAAGAGACUUAAUGAGGAAAAUGACCUUUUGAAGGAUGUUCUGAAAGCCAAUGUGGAGAGAGCAGUGAAGAUGGAGGUGUACAGCACUAAAACCACGAGGGUUCGUGAGCUGGAGGUGGUGCCCAGUAGCAUGUGGGGAGGGCAGGGUCUGCUGGGCGCUAGUGUUCGCUUCUGCAGCUACCAGGGGGCCAAUGAAAAUGUUUGGCAUGUCCUGGAUUUGGAAGCCAGUUCACCGGCUGCACUGGCGGGGCUUCAGCCCCACAGUGACUAUAUUGUGGGAGCAGAUCAGGUUUUGCAAGAUUCAGAAGACUUUUUCUCACUGAUUGAGGCCCAUGAAGGAAAACCUCUGAAGCUGCUGGUGUACAACACACAAACGGACCUAUGCAGAGAGGUGGUGGUCACACCAAACGGAGCAUGGGGAGGAGAGGGCAGUUUGGGUUGCGGUAUCGGUUAUGGCUACCUGCACCGAAUCCCUGCUAAUCCAGAAAUAUCAACAGUCGAGCCUUCUGCCCCUGAUGUUGAGGAGAACCACUCUCCAAAGCUGCCUGCGCAUGGAUACACAGAGGCACCUCUCAUGGCACCUUCAAGCAAUAGUGAAGAGUUAAACCUGGAGCAGGUCACCCUCGAGGACUCUUAUCUACCUCCACCCAUUCAAAGGGUCACCGAGCUUGGUUUUUCUGAUUCUGAAAUGGCAGUGAUGAACCCCGAUCCUUCAGACUUGGUGGACAGGCUGGAUCUGUCCAUGUCAUCCAUUGACAUGACAAACACCUCGCUGGCGAUGCACGAGGAGAAGGAAAGCGAGAUAUCUGGUGUUGAAGAGUUGGAGGACAGUGUUCUGCUCCCAUCAUUAGCAGACCACCAGAAUGAGCCACAAGAGCACAUCUCCCAGGCAGCCAGAGACCUCACUCCUGCUCUCUUGUCUGCUGAUUCAAGCGUCCCACCAGCUGGACUCUCCCACCUGCUCACAGAGUGUGCAGAGCCACAGAGCUCUCUCAUUGAGUCUAGUGAUAGCCAAAGUCCAACUAUAGGUGCGUUGUCUUUUUCUCUUGAGCCUUCUGUGCCCGCUGAAGACCUUCCUCGCUCAUCUCCUGUCGAUCUCAUCCCAUCUCUGGUCACCGAGGAGUCCACCGCAGACAGGUCUCCACCUCAGGCCAUCGAGGACACUCUCGGGUCAGUGGAUGAGAUCGCAGAGCCUCUGCAUGUGGCUUCUGCUCACCACUGUGACCAUGAGCACGAUGAUGAGUAGGAACCCAAGAAGUCACAUUUUGAGUAGGCUUAAGUCAGGCCAGACAAAUGCAAAGUGUCGACGACAAUCGUUUUGUUUUGUUUUUAAAGAAAUGAUUUUUAGGAUAGAUCAUCAGAGGGAAGACUUUAUCUUGUCAGUCUGUCUUGUUUGCAUGUAAGACUGCAUCAGCAGAUUGGUGACACUACAUAAACCAGCUACAGCAUUAAUGCAGAAGAUGGGUGAGGAAAAGGCACUGUAGUAAUCUUCUGUGUGUUUUGUAUGUGAGAAUUUAGUUACUGCUUAGUUGUAAGCCAGAACAGUUUUUAAAGGUCAAACUUUUUCCUUCCGAGUGCAAAUUUGGAUCAUACGGGUAAUGAGACUGCGUCUGGUAGGCCGAUGUGACAAAACUUGAAUUUUUCCAAAGACAGACAUUGCAAAGCACAGCUGCACCUUUUUAUCAAGGACAAUUAUCAAUAUUUUUUUGAAGUUACUAGACGGUUGGCCACUCAGAUUAGUCGCCAUAGUCUUUGGCGGUGGUGCAGUGUUACCUUUAAUGUUUUGAAGCAACGUCGUUUAAACUUAUCCAAAGAAACACUUUUAAUUAUAAGACAUGGGACAUUUUACUUUAUAUCCUCCAGAUUGGUGACACUACAUAAAGGGCUUUCACUGUGGGACGAUGCUGAAUAGAAACAGCACAGGUUUUACUUUUGUUUUUAACACUAAUAUUUAAUUAGAUUUUGUUCAGUGAUGUACUUUGUAAUGAGUCUAAAAUGGAUGUUUACUGCUGUAUAGCCAGAUUUAUGCCCCCUUUUAAUUUCCAUGACCUAUGCAACACUAGAUUAUACCCACCUUUCAUUUCAUAGACAAUGCAUUGCUAAUGUAAAGUAAGCAUUUAAUUAAAUAUAAGACUGCCAAGUUAGUAAUACUUGAGUAAUUCACUUUUGUUUGUUUUUUUUUUUUAGGGGCAUCUUAAUAGUUUUCAUUGGUCAAGUAGGUGCUAGUGUGUAAAAUAAGAAAAAGUAUUUUUUGCAGAUAUUUUUAUCAAUGAAUUGUCUGUUUUAUUAGGAAUGAGUGCAAAGUCUUGAUGAAUGUGAAAUGGGUGAAUCUUCGAUGGUUAAACAAUCACUGGGAAAGAAAAAAAAAAAAAGGAGUCCCUCGUUUCUCUUAUUUCACUUGAAUCA